AAAAGCCCAUAAAGGAACAAGAGAGUCCAAUUCUGAUGAAGUAAGCGCUUUCUUCUGGUUCUUUGUGUGCUUACUGUGAACAUGGAGUUGAAGAAUGUGGUGAAAGACAAGAAAUUCUGGGUAGCAUCCUUCCUCAUUGCUUGGGCUGCAGCUCUUCAGGGACACAUGAUGUGGUUGCAGCGCCAAGAUUCCUUCAAGCACAAAUUCCGCAACCUUGAUGAUGAUGAUCGCUCAGACGAACCCCAACCAAACUGACUCUACUCUCUCCUCCACUCCCAUACACCAACUUGUAUUCAUACAUCUAUCUAUGUAUGUCUUCAAUUCUACCCUAUGAAUAUGUGUGAUUGUUUCUCUAUUUGCACCAACACAAACAUUUUACAUAUCCCAAUGUAAGCAAAAUUUUCUAGUA